AUGGUUAGGACCAAAAGAUUAGGUCGUACCUUAGGUCACGUUACUGGCGGAGGAGAUCGUGAUGAUUCUAAUGAUGCUCCGCAACGUCAACAGCCUACUGCAUCCGCACACAGGCAGAGAGUAGCUGUCACUGCUGAGCACGAUGAGCCAGUGGUCCCUGCGACACAGGUUGAAGGAGUUGCUGUUCAGGAUGACUUAUAUGCGGAUGAGCCGAUGGCAGGAGGUGAUGUACAGGACACUCGGCCAGGCAUUACUACAGACACAGGCACACAGACUGCUGAGGAUGAGCCUGAGGGAUUUUUGGGUGGUCCGAGCGACCCAUCCGUGCUGACCGAGUAUGCGGAUCACGUUACAGGCAGCGUAUGCACAGGAGAGGAGCGUCCUGAGUUGAAGUUAUCCUCUCACGGGAGGAAGGUCCAUAGUUUAGGCAGGCCUGUCCCUUCCAUUGAGGGCCUAGUUGCUGGGACAGGACUAAGUCCUCUGAUUGCAUGUUCGAUAGACACUGGCGAUCGGGGACUUUUGUCGUCGUUUGUCAAGCGGUGGCACCAGGAGACGUCUAGUUUCCAUCUCCCUUUGGGAGAGGUGACGAUCACGCUGGACGACGUCUCGUCUCUUCUGCAUCUGCCCGUGGUUGGUGACUUGCAUGCCUUUCAGCCUUUGCACGUGGAUGAUACAGUACAGAUGUUGGUGGACUUAUUGAUGGUCUCUGUAGAGGCUGCCAGGGCUGAGACAGGGCAGUGUCGUGGACCGUAUGUACACCUGCAAUGGGUACGUGAUAUCUAUGAGCGUCGAUGCCAGGUAGGUCAUUGGACAGCUGUGGCUCGCGCAUAUCUUCAUCUUUUGGGUUGCAUUCUUUUUGCUAACAAGAGUGCAACCAAUGUUCAUGUUGUGUUUUUGGAGGCCCUUUGUGGCGUCAGUCAGAUUGGGAGGUAUGCCUGGGGAGUAGCUGCGCUGGUCGAUAUGUAUGACCGCCUCAACGAUGCUUCUAUCAGCACCAGCCGAUAG